CGCGAGAGUCUCCUAUCCUUGGCGGAAGUCAGGCUAGAGUAAUGGAAGAAUGGAUUCUAUGGGUAGGAAGACCCUGCUGGUGCGGCACCUGCCUGCUGAACUGAGCCCGGAGGAGCGGAGAGAGCUGCUGGAGAAGAGCGGGGCGGAGAGCGUCCGGUUGUGUUACGGGAGAACCCGCGGGAGUUUGAAACAUGGGGCAUUUGCAACCUAUCCAAAUGAAUAUGCCGCUGCAAAGGCUCUUUCAGUGCUUCACCAGCUCCAAGUGCUCGGCCAUACUCUGGUCGUUGAAUAUGCAAAGGAGGAUGAUGUCCACCUACCUGACCAACCUGCCUGUUCUGAGAAGAAGAAAAGCUCUGGAGAAAAGGCUGAUGAAAAGAAAGACUCCAAACCUCCCGACCAGGUCUCCAUUGAGAGAGGAAUCGCACCAACUCACGGACUUGUCUUUCCAAUACGAUCCAGCCUCAAGUACUUAUACCCUCCUCCAACAAGCACUGUAUUGGCUAACAUUGCAAACGCCUUGGCUAGUGUACCCAAAUUCUAUGUGCAGGUUUUGCACUUAAUGAAUAAAAUGAAUUUGCCAUCCCCUUUUGGACCGCUUACUGCACAGCCUCCCUUGCAUGCAGACUAUUUGGCUAUGCCAUCUCCAUACCCUCCAGUACCACCGGACCUCCCUGAGAACCCACCAUUGCCAGAGUUGGAUGAUGAUUAUGAUAUGGAUGUUUCCAGCAGAGAAGAGUCAGAAUAUGAAAGUGGUGAGGAAGAGGAAAAAGAGAGGACGGCUCGUCUUCUUAAAGAGCUAGCGGGUAUGCUGCCCAAGAGACCAAGGAUUAAAAAACAGUCUCGUCCACGGAAAAAGAUGAAGAUAAAAGAUCUAAUAACUGUUCCUGCUGUACAACACAGCCAGCCACAUGCGCCUUUAUUGCCUUCUGAGGUCUUUGAGCAGCCAAGUGUAAUUAGGCCGAAGAAAAUGGAACUUCACAUUCCUGCUGACAUAACCACAGCUACAGAUGCCAUUAAUUCAUGUUUGGAAACCAAAAUGGCUCCUGAGGGAAAUGGAGAGAUUAUUGGAUUUGGGAAGAUCUAUCCAGUUAAUGAGCCCAAUGAUGAGGAGGAGAAUGAGGAAGAUGAUGAUGAUUUGCCAAAGGAAUUUAUUUCCAGGAGGGAGCUGGAGAAGGGCAGACUUUCUAAAGAAGAAACGCGAAAGCACUCUGUGUUUAAGAACUAUGAGCCUGGAGAGCCAAAUUGUAGACUCUACGUGAAAAACUUAUCCAAACAAGUUACAGAAAAGGAUCUGAAGUUUAUAUUUGGGAAAUUUAUAGACUUUUCAUCUGACACUGAAAAAAACAUGUUUGACAUUCGUCUGAUGACAGAAGGCCGGAUGAAGGGACAAGCUUUUAUAGGCUUUCCUAAUGAAGAUGUUGCAGCAAAGGCUUUGAAACACACACACGGAUACGUACUUUGUGACAAGCCAAUGGUCAUUCAAUUUGCACGCUCUGCUCGUCCUAAGCCUGUCCCCGACAAGACACAGACUAAGCGAUAGCCGUCAAGAUGGCCGUGUAACUUCUGUUUGACAUGAAAAAAGUGUAUCCUUUCCUGUUGUAUCCUUUACGAUUGAUUUCUUUAAACCCCACACAAGCAACAGUGCUGUAAGAUCGAGUGCUCUAAUUAAUGCAUUUUUGUCAUUGUUCUGUUCUAUGUAUUACUUAGUAGAUGGCAAGCAAUCUAAAACCACAUUUUAGUCAUGUUCUGAUUCAUUUCUUUGUAAUAUAAAGUUCCAGCAAAGAAAAAAAAAAGUCAAAUGAUAGUGUUCUGGCUGUCCUUAGCCACCACUAGAGGGAGCUUAUGAGCUUACUGUAGUUAAUUAUGCAGUGCACUAAAUAAUGCAGUCAUAUGCACUAAGCACUUAAUCUCCCUCUGGUGGCCAGAAUGUUCUCUUUUACCAUUGUCUUUGUAGGGGAUUUGGAGCUCUGUGUCAGAAUAGGGAACUCUGACUAAUUGACUCAGAAUGCUUAACCUUUAAACCGUGUAGCCUUAAAGGGGAUAUCCAAGAUUGAAAAACUGAGUCUGCAUUUAUUUUUGUGUAAACAGCACCACUCCUAUUGAUUCACAUGAAUAGGGAUGACUCGCAGUCCCAGGUGUGGGCAAGUGUACUGUUUAGGUAAAUAAAAGCAGAUCCUUACUCGUUCUAAUCAUGGACAACAAAUUGGAAAUGCCUAGUUGGACUGCACUGGUUACUACACUCUGCUCCUGUUCAAGUGAAUGGGAGCAGUGCUGCAGUAACUAGCUGCGCCCACUGCACAAUGGACGGCGCUGUGGAGUUUCAGGGCCCAAGCUACCCCCAAACAGCGUACUGGCUUGGUGUCUGACCCCUGUCCUUCCUGAUAUUCUUUGUGAAAUGGGUUAGAUGACGGUUUUUUUUUUUUUUCUUUAAUUUGUGUUCUGCCCAGCUCCCUGGUAAUUUUUUUCAGUGUCUCAAUAAAAAUUAUUGUAGAGAAAGAAUGCAACAUUAGCCACUUAAAGGGGUGGUCUCGCUCCAGCAAAUGGCAUUUAUCACGAAGAUAAAGUUAAUACAAGGCACUUACUAAUGUAUUGUGAUUCUCCAUAUUGCCUCCUUUACUUGAUUGAUUUUUUAUUUUUUUUAUUGCAUAUUACACUGUCCAGGGAUUACAACCACCCUGCAAUCCAGCAGUGGUGGUCAUGCUUGCAGACUAGAAGAAAGCGCCAGCCUCUCUGGUGGCCAGGACCGUGGAAGCACGCAUAGGCGUGCAUGCGCAGCAGCACCCAUCCUGGCCACCUCAUAUCUGCACUGAUACGUUGGCCGUAACCUCUGGAAAUAAGCAGUGUAUAAUGAAAUGGAAAAAUGAAUUACGGUAAGCCAGCAAAGGAGGCAAUAUGGACAAUCAUAAUACAUUAGUAUUAGUAAGUGUCUUGUAUUAAUUUUGUUGUAUUUAUUGUAUUUUUGUAUUAAUUCAUGAAAAAUGCCAUUUGCUGAAGUGAGACAACUGCUUUAAAAGGGUUUUCCAGGAAUAAAAAAUGUAACUGAAGGUCUCGAGCCUUUGUUGCCUACUGAAAGAAUUAUACUGACCUGCUUUUUUCUGCUCUGGUCCUGUGUUCUGGCUCCCAUUUGUCCAUAUUCUGGUCCCUGGCUUGUUUUCUUCUGGCUACAGUCUGUACACAAUCAUCUGUGCCGAUUCAGCGGUGACAUGUUGCUAGGGGACGUCAUUGCUAAAGCCCUUUAAGAACCAAGUUUUUAAUUUUUUUUUAUCUUGCAUUCCAAAAGCUAUGACUUUAUUUUUCUGCUGUACUUUUUUUAAGUAACAUAAGAAAAACUGGAGUUCUGCCAUAUUUUUUUUCUGUUUACUGUAUGGUAAAAAAAAAAAAAAAACAUGUUAACGGGGUUGACUGAAUCCAGAAAUAUCCCCUUUAACUCAGAGGGGCUGCCUGGGUGAAAAACAGUGCUCACAGGGCAAGGGCUGUUUCAGCAGCAUAGUCGCAGCAUAGGAAUGCUAGACAGAGGCUUCCACCUACCAGUGAGCCCGAUUACAUCACUGGCACUAAUGGGCUUGAUGUAUUUCUAUGGAGAGCUAUUUUUUUUUAUUUAUUAUAACAAAUACAAAAAAGCUUUAUACAAGGAUUGUUCAAAAAGUGCAUAUUCUAAGCCAGUGCAGUGAAUUCAUAAAGUCUUUCAGACCCUUUGCAGUUUGACCCAAUCAAGCUCCACUCAAUACCCCAUAAUGAGAAAGUAAAGACAGAAUUUUAGAGGUUUUUGCAAAUGUAGUAAAAAAGAGAAACUAAAAUUUCUCAUGGACAUGAAUAUUUAGUUUCUUU